AUGGUGUCGAGGCGCACUGGAAAGGAGGCGAAAUCACGGGCGAGAAGUUCUACUACCCUGUCUGAAGUACUGAUUCAUGAGGCAAAAAAAGAACGAGCAGCACGGAAUACAAGAAUCCACAAAAAGUAUCGUCUAUCCCCCUCAUUGGCCAAACUAAUUGGCAGUGAUGAACCCGAAACACGUUACAACGUAGUCAAGUUGAUCUGGGUGCAGAUCAAGGAGAGUAAACUCCAAGAUCCCGAAGACCCUGCCUAUAUUGAUUGUGGCGCUGAAUUUGAGGAGAAACGUGCUCCAAGAAACUCGGGAAUUCAUAAACGCUAUCGUCUAUCGCCCUCAUUGGCCAAACUAAUUGGCAGUUAUGAACCCGAAACACGCUAUAAUGUAGUCAAGCUAAUAUGGAUACAAAUCAAGGAAAGAAAACUCCAAGAUCCUGAAGAUCCGGCCUAUAUCGAUUGUGACGCUGAAUUUGAAGAUGUGACCGGGAUGGUGCGCCUUAAAGCCUUCACCAUUAUGAAGUACCUCAACCACCACUUUUUAGAAUAG